CUGUUGCGGAGAACAAUAUGUGAAUUUUUCAAAUACAAUAUGCUGUACAGGCCUCAGUGGUGUAUCCAGACCUCACUUUAAAGAAAAUGGAACAGUUUCAGUGAAAUGCUGUGGUUCUGAAAUUAUACCACCAAUGGAAGAAUGUUGCAAUGGAGUUGGGUAUAACCCUUUGAAAUAUGUGUGUGCUGACAAGCCUUCACCAGGAAUGACAUUACAGAAAGAUUGCUUCCCAAGCAUAUUGUGCCCGAUAUCAAUGGCAGCUGGAGCGUUUUGUGGCAAGUGCGAGUUUAACCCGGCAACCCACAUCUGCACCUGGGUUGAAGGGUCACCCUCAGCAGUGCCUAAUGAAGCAGUGCAGCAAGGCCUGUGUCCAUCACCUGAGGAGACUGUCUACACCGGAGGCCCGAACAGAUAUACAUUUACAGACACCGACUUGGAUCCGCAUGUCACCUACAAGUACAGGGUAGCUGCUUGGAACAGUUAUAGCCAGGGGUUCAGUGAUUUCAGCAGCGCCACUACAGAGCAGGACGUGCCUCAAGGUGUAGGCCCACCUAGAUGGAGGAAAGUGGACAACAGGGAAGACAUUAUACAGCUGAACUGGAAGCCUCCUGCACAGCCUAAUGGCAUCAUCAUUCAUUAUAUUAUCCUUCGAGAUGGCAGUGAGCGCUUCAGAGGCACAGAGCACAGUUUUACAGACACAGGCGGCAUUCAGCCAUACCAGGAGUAUUUUUAUCAGCUGAGAGUUUGCACUGUUGUGGGCUGUACAGACAGCAGUAAGGUAGUUGCAGUGACUGUCCAGGGAGUCCCAGAGAAUGUCCAUCCACCAACAGUCACAGCGCUAGGUCCUACAGAUUUGCAGCUGAGCUGGAGAGUACCUGCUAAACCAAAUGGUAUUAUCAAGGAGUACCAGAUUAUUCAGACAGGGAGAGGGCUUAUCUACACAGAUGGUGCUGGUAGGAUGCAAUGCACUGUAACAG